AUGUCGAGCUCGACUCUGACCAUGCCCAAGGUGGGCGCGCAUCUGAUCCUCACCACGCCUGCCAAGCACGUGCUCCAGAUGACGCUCAACCGACCCAAGCAGCUCAAUGCCAUGACCGAUGCCAUGGAGGAGGACAUCUGCCGCGUCUUUGACUGGUUCGAGUCCGAGCCUUCGCUGUGGGUCAUCAUCCUUGCUGGAAAGGGCAGAGCCUUCUGCGCCGGUCAGGACCUCAAGGACUGGCUCAACAAGAACCAGACCUCCGACACUGUGCGUCAUGCGACGGGAGAGCCCAUGCAGUCCGACGCUGAGGUCGACAAGUCGCUUCAGCGCCUCAAGCGCGGCGGUUUUGGAGGCAUGAGCACUCGCAGAAGCGCCAAGCCCAUCAUCGCAGCCGUCGACGGCAUCUGCAUGGGAGGCGGCACGGAGACCAUCCUCAACUGCGACAUGGUCGUCGCUAGCACCCGCUCCGUCAUCGGCUUGCCCGAAGUCGCCAGAGGCGUCGUCGCCGCCAUGGGAGGCAUUCCUCGUCUCACGCAGCUGUGCGGACAUCAACGAGCCUCGGAGCUUCUGUUGCUCGGAAAGCCCAUUAGCGCCAAAGAGGCGCACGACCGAUACAACAUGGUCAACCGCCUGGUCGAGGUGGCCAAGUCCACCUCGGAGGAGCUCGGCCAAGCCGCUGUGGAUCAGGCUGCCAUCGAACUGGCAGUGCAGCUCACGCAGAACAGCCCGGACAGCGUGCUGGUAACCAAGUCGGCUCUCGUCAUGGCUCGCGACGCUGCAGGCGGCGACAUUGACGACUCUGCGCGCGACAACAUGCUUUCUGACCGCAGCAAGCUGCUGUAUGUGGGCAAGAACAUCAACGAAGGCCUUGAAGCGUUCAAAGGGAAACGCGACCCCAAGUGGUUCAACCCCGUGCCUCUUGCCGCUCCGACUGCCACCGACGAGCACCUGUGUUGCUUUCCCCAGCUCACAGUCGAUACUGGCCGCGGUCUCAGUCGUUUCGUGAGAGUCUUUGUCAUCGGACGAUUGGACAACGCCGAUCCACCCCACCGCGAUAGCAGGUUCAAACGCGUGCCGCGAUUUCCUGCUGCGACUGGCGCUCGUCAUUUUUUUCUCCGCGCCCCGUCACCCACUGAUUUGUUAUCGAAAGCGGAGUCGCACCUCGCCAUCUUUCACGCUUGUCGUACUCAUCGCGGCGAUGAAUAUGGCAACCCAGGCAAAGCCAGAAACGAGCUUCAGACACGUCCGACAUCGGCUACGAGGGCGGGUCGAGAAAAGGACGGCUCGCAGCGGGGCGUGCCUGAAACUGCAGCUUGGCAGAAGCGAGACGGCGGGAAAAACAGAAUCGCGGCUGGAAGCGAACCGACCGACGCACGUUGCACCACACGCGAGACCGAGACUGCUUGCUUGUGCGUCUUUCUGUACAGCUUCGGUACCGUAGUGGAUGGCGCAGGACCGAAGAAGUACAGGUGCAUCGGUCUCGGCAAGCCAAGGGAUCGCCGGGAGUAA